ACAAUUGUGAUGCCGUGAAGUGUGGGCCUGGCGGCAACUGCACGAGGGAUGCGAGCGGAGAUCCAUCCUGUAGUUGCAGCGCUGGCUUCACGCCGUCUUCUGACAAGCUCUCUUGCAUUGACAAUUGUGAUGCCGUGAAGUGUGGGCCUGGCGGCAACUGCGAGAGGGAUGCGAAUGGAGAUCCAUCUUGUAGUUGCAGCGCUGGCUUCACGCUGUCUUCUGACAAGCUCUCUUGCAUUGACAACUGUGAUGCCGUGAAUUGUGGGCCUGGCGGCAAUUGCGAGAGGGAUGCGAACGGAGAUCCAUUCUGUAGUUGCAGCGCUGGCUUCACGCCGUCUUCUGACAAGCUCUCUUGCAUUGACAACUGUGAUGCCGUGAAGUGUGGGCCUGGCGGCAACUGCACGAGGGAUGCGAACGGAGAUCCAUCCUGUAUUUGCAGCGCUGGCUUCAUGCCGUCUUCUGACAAGCUCUCUUGCAUUG